GGAGAAUAUAUAAUUUUUCACGUAAGAGCUGAUUAUUAUGUACAGAAAUUUUUUUAUGUUAUACUUUCCAAAGGAAUGAUAUUAUUAUCUGGUUAUGAAGAGAUGAUUUCAACUAUUAAGACCUUUGCAAUAACUGUUGCUGCAGAAAUGUCACCUUCAGCAACAAUAGUUGUUUAUGAUAUAGCAAGAGAAGGUAUAGUUGUCUGUGAUAGUCUUACAUUUCCUGUGGAUGGAAUAUCAAGAAAUAAUUUUACAGUAACAUUAAAUGAAAGAAAGGAUAAGACAUUAAAUACCGUUGAAGUUAUAAUUAAAGGGAAACCUGGAACUUAUGUUGGAUUAUCAGCAGUAGACAGAGUUUUAUAUAGCAUGCAUACAGGAAAUGAGUUAACUCAUGCACAGGUAUUAGGAAAAAUGAAUACUUUUGAUGAAGCAAUGAAUGGAACUCUUUCACAUAUGUGGCAUUCUAGCAUUGGCAGUCCUGGAAAGAUUGUUCAUUUUCCUUCUUCAACUUAUGGCAUUGAUACCAAUAGAACAUUUGAGUUUGCAGGUUUAAUCAUUUUUACUGAUGCAAAUAUUACAAAGCGUCCAGAAUAUUGUGAUCAAUCUCAGGGAUAUGCUACUUGUAUGGAUGGAAUUUCAUGUUAUCCACUACAAAAACUAUGUGAUGGAAUGAAGGAUUGUGAUGAUGAAUCAGAUGAAAGUGGAUGUCCAACUCAGAAUGUUUUAGAUUUGGAAAAAUUUCGUCUUAAACGUUUUAAUCGUGUUCAGAGACUUUAUGAUAGUUCAUGGCUUUGGCAAGAUAUUAAUAUUGGUCCCUUAGGUCAUUACAUAUUUACAAUUCCCGUUCCUUCAAUAUCAACUCACUGGAUUAUUAGUGCUUUUGGAAUGAACAGUGUUCAUGGAUUUGGAGUACUUUCUAAAACUGUUGAAAUAUCUGGUUUACGUCCAUUUUACAUGACAGUUGAAAUUCCAGACACAGUAUAUAGAAAUUUCUAUAUAUGUGUAAUUUCUACACUUUUAACACAAAAUUUUGUAUUUUAUAAAUAUUUUCAGGUUGUUGUGAGUCUUGGGACUUCAUCUGAUUAUAAAUUUAUACAUGUGGAACCAUUUGGUGUUGUACAUUCCUUUAGUCCAAGAACAUCAGUAGGAGAACAUCAGCAUUUAGUCUUUGUAAAACCAGGAAAAUCUACAGUUGUAUAUAUGCCAAUUGUUCCAACAAGAUUAGGUGAUAUUAAUGUCACAGUAAUGGCUAAAACUCAAGUGGCAAAAGAUAUGGUUACUAAGACUAUUCAUGUGGAGGCAAGUGGAGUUCCACAACAUAGGCAUACAUCAUUUUUACUUGAUUUAUCUCAGGGAGCAUAUCUAAUCAAAUAUCUAGAUACAAAUCUAACGGCAAACCCAAUUAUUCCAUUUAGACAAGACCGAUUAUAUGUAUUUGGCUCAAAUAAAGCAACAGUUUCUAUAGUGGGAGAUGUUGUUGGUCCAAUUUUUCCCACAAUACCAGUUAAUGCAACAUAUUUAUUAAAGAAACCAUUUUGGUGUGGAGAGCAAAAUAUGUUUAACUUUGCAGCCAAUCUGUACAUGAUUUGGUACUUACGUCUCAUUGGACAAAGACAGCCACAAGUGGAAAAGAAAGCAUUUCAUUUCUUGAAUAUAGGUUAUCAAAGACAGCUGAGUUAUCAAAAUGAAGAUGGUUCAUUCAGUUUAUUUAGGUGGAAAAGUGAAGGAAGUGUUUGGCUUACAGCUUUCUGUGCAAGAAUAUUUUAUAAAGCUACUUUUCAAGAAUGGGAAAACUUUUUAUAUAUAGAUCGAUCAGUAAUUAAUAAAGCUAUAUCAUGGCUAAUUAAACAUCAGUCUCCUGAUGGUGCAUUUUAUGAAACAACAAUGUUUCCUUAUGACCGGAAAAUGAAUUUAACAUCCGACUGGAAACAUGAUAAUGUAAAAUUAAGAAACAUUUCUUUGACUGCUCAUGUUUUAAUUACUUUAACAGAAGUGAAAGAUUUAGGAGGAGAAAUUGGACUUAAAGCUUCAAAUGCAAGAUCUUUGGCACAAAAUUAUUUAGAGAAGAAACUCAGUAUUUUAAAUAAUUUUAAUGAUCCCUAUGAAUUGGCGAUAGUUGCCUAUGCCUUGACUGUUUCAAACAGCAUUGAUGGUGAAGAAGCAUUUAAUAAAUUAGAUUCUCGUAUGAGAGAAACAAGUGGUCUAAAAUAUUGGGCAAGAGAAUCAAUGUUACCCUUAAAAACAACAAUAGAAAACAAUAGGCCAUACAUUUUACCAAGAGUUCCUCAAAAAUAUGAUGCUUCUAAUGUUGAAACUACUGCUUAUGGCUUAUUAGUACAUGUUGCAAGACAAGCUGUUAUACAAAGAGAGAUUGUUGAAUGGUUAAAUACACAACGAAUGAGUGAUGGUGGAUGGGCAUCUACUCAAGAUACUAUUAUAGCCACUCAAGCACUCAUCCAGUAUUCAAUUCAGUCUCGCCUUCGAGAUGUAACUGAUGUAACAGUUACCAUAGAAGUUCCAUCUUCAUCAGGAUUUGUUAAACAAGUUCAUAUAACUGAAGAAAAUUUAGCACAACUACAGCUCUUAGAGAUACCAAAUGCAUCUGGAUCAAUAAUAGUUAAGGCUCAAGGUGCUGGUUUAGCAAUAGUACAAUUAGACAUUCAAUAUAAUGUAGAUUGGCCUCAUCAUCUUAUUCCACCUCCUAUGUCGACAUUUUUGCUUGAUGUUAAGGGAAAUUUUUAUGGGCGAAACAAUUCUCAUAUUAACAUAAAUUCUUGUCAGAGUUGGACCAACACAGCUGAAAGUCCCAAUAGUGGCAUGGCUGUUCUAGAAAUAACAAUUCCAACUGGUUACCUUAUCACCCAACAAGACUUGGAUGCUUAUGUCAGAUCAAAUACAGUUAGAAAUUUAAAAGAAGCCCGUUUUUCAGAAAGAAAAGUUGUUUUCUAUUUCCAUUAUUUGGAUGCUGAACCUAUUUGUGUUUCAUUUGUAAUACAAAGAUGGUUUCCAAUUGCAAAUAUGACUCGUUAUUUACCAGUUAAGAUAUACGAAUACUAUGCCCCAGAAAACUAUAACGAAACUAUGUUUGAUGCAUUUAGCUUGUUUGUUUUAAAUAUUUGCCAAGUUUGUGGGUCUUAUCAAUGUCCAUACUGUCCAGUAUUCAGUUGGUCUACAAAGAAUAUUAGCAACAUUUUAUUACAGUUUUUGUGUGUAUUCCUAGUCAAUUUUAUGUCAUAUUUGACAUCAUCAGUAUGCAUACAUUAGUACUUUUGACGAAAAAACAUUGGUAUUAUAAUACCUUGCCAAUUUUGGCAGUUGGUCUUCCGCUAUUACUGGAAUUGAGUGAUUGAUUACAGUGUUCUCACAUCAUCUUGCACUGUGCAUAUCCGUGUAAGAUAAAUCUUUCAUAGUUAUAUCUUGUGUGCAAAAGAUUUUCCUACGAUCAUUUUUAAAUUAAUUAUAGGUGAUUCUUUUGUAGUGUAUAAAACACAUUUAAAAUUAAUUUUUCACCAAUUUAUAACCAUGAGACUUGCUGUAUAAAGUUAAUUGAAUUUAUGAUUUUAGAUUAAAUUUUUAGUGGAUUUAGGGAUUCACUGCAUAAAAUUCCAAAUCUUAUGAAUUUAAAAAACUCCUAAAAUAAUUUUUAAUAAAACAAAUUACAUUCCAAAAAAUUAU